CAGGAAGGUUGGUAGCAGUGUGAGGUGUUGAUAGCUGUCAGUGUUGAAUAUGCAAAAAUAUGAGAAAUUAGAGAAAAUUGGCGAAGGUACUUACGGAACUGUAUUUAAAGCAAAAAAUCGCGAAACGCAUGAAAUUGUCGCUUUAAAGAGAGUGCGUUUAGACGAUGAUGAUGAGGGUGUACCUUCAUCGGCGUUACGUGAGAUAUGCCUCUUAAAAGAACUAAAACACAAGAAUAUUGUACGGUUGUAUGAUGUGCUCCACAGCGAUAAAAAACUAACGUUGGUGUUUGAACAUUGUGAUCAAGACUUAAAGAAAUAUUUUGAUAGCUUAAAUGGGGAAAUAGAUCCAGAUGUAGUGAAAUCUUUCAUGUAUCAACUGCUACGAGGCCUUGCCUUUUGUCACAGCCAUAACGUUCUCCACAGAGAUCUCAAGCCACAGAAUUUACUUAUUAACAAGAAUGGUGAAUUAAAGUUGGCAGAUUUUGGUCUUGCUCGAGCUUUUGGUAUCCCUGUCAAAUGCUACUCAGCAGAGGUUGUGACAUUGUGGUACAGACCUCCUGAUGUCCUGUUUGGUGCCAAACUUUACACUACGUCUAUUGACAUGUGGUCUGCAGGCUGCAUCUUUGCUGAGUUGGCGAAUGCAGGGAGACCACUCUUUCCUGGUUCAGAUGUCGAAGAUCAGCUGAAACGAAUCUUUAAGUUGUUAGGUACUCCAACUGAAGAGACAUGGAGUGGUCUGACACAACUACCAGAUUAUAAACCAUUUCCAAUUUAUCAUCCAAGCAUGGCAUUUAGUCAAGUAGUGCCGAAGCUAAAUGCCAAAGGUCGGGACCUUUUACAGCGUCUUCUGGUGUGCAAUCCAGCACUGCGGAUGGCAGCUGAUGAUGCAAUGGCGCAUCUUUACUUCAGUGAUCUCAGUCCUGCCAUUAAAAAUGACCGCUGCCAGUGACUCUGGCCAUGUCCUGUGAGUGAUGUUUCUUCAAACCCCACUGUGUACUCACUAGUAUGUUGUUGUGCUUUGCAGAACAUCUCUGCCAUCAACAGGAGUUAUACCUAUGAGAGAUGCUGCUGAAUGGAUGGUAUAUUUUAUUCACAAUGAUUCUUGUGAUGCAUAUGCUUGAGAUCCUGAUGUUUGGUACUGAACAUUCCUAAGCAAUAUGUGUACUGUGCUUUGUCCAUAGUUUCUUAAGUGGAAAGUUUUUGAUGUAUAAUUGGAUAAUCACAGAGUGAACUACACAUAUUAUAUAAAUACCAAAGAUGAAUAUUUUCUUUUUGAGUGUAUUACUUCAGUGUCUUUUUAUGUAAGUGAGCCCCUUAUUAUUGUGAGAAGAAUAUAAUGAAAAAUAUUAGUUUUUGGAUGGAUGAGUCAUUAAGAAAUUAACUGAAAUCUAAUUGUGUUGUGUAAAGUGUUAAAUGUGCCCAUAUUCUGGUAAAGACAUUGCUUGAAAAUAUUUUUACAAUGUGAGCCUCUAAAACAGUAUUUGAAAUGUCUGAAUGGACUGUGCUGUAGUGUAGUCUAAAAAAGUUUUCAGUCUUUGCUUUUUGUCAUACCUUGAUUUUAAUCAGAUCCUUUUGUGUGUGUUUCAUUACAGAAGUGUUUCUGUUACUAUUUGUUAGUUUAGAAUGAGUAUUUCACAUAGGAGCUGUGAUGUUUUGAGUAUGUCAUUAGUCCUCUUUCUUUCCCUGACAAAUGUAUUCCCUAUUUUUGAGUUGCAACACAAUUAAAUUAGUUUAGUAAUUCUUGCUUCAUUAAAGAGCUCAGUUAAUUCAGUAUUUAAAUUCUACUAUUACUGAAAUUUAAACAGAGAAAAUUUAACACAAUACUACCUAUCUUCACUGCUUUUUACUGUUUUAGAGAGUGUUGCACCUGAAUUGUCAUUUUGAAACAACUCUAGUCUUGAUAUCAAAAUCUAGCAGAUAAGAUAACUUCACUGGUCAAACAUAUUAGUCUCUUUCAUCAUGUUAGGAUAUGCCAUGUUCCUGAUCCUUUGUAACAAGUGCAGUUUGCUGUGAUGUUGAUUGGACAAGGCUGUGGAUGUAGGAAACACCAUUGUCCAAUCACUAUACUCAUUAAACACCACAUGGCAGUCAGAUUAAAAAACUUUGAUCCCUAAUAUUUUAAGCACUGUUCCAAAUACCCACAGAUAUCUUUAAUGUGGUCUCUAUUAGGCGACUUUUCAAUCAUUCCCAGAUGCAUAAUUGGCUCUGGACAUUCAUUUUACUGUGCAACCUUUGAAGACAGUGCUGCUUAAGCUGCAAUUUCAGACAGGCGAAUGACAAAACAUGGUUGUCAUGCAUGUUGUUGCUGUUCCUCUUCACAGUACCUGUCAAUUGAAGUGAAGGAUCCGUUUCCUUAAAAUUAAAACAGAACAACAGAGAUCCAUCUCUAGCCUGCACAACUCUUUUUUUUAGGCCAUUGUCCCAGAAGACUUUCUGUGCUACCCAAUGAACAUGAGGCUACAUAUAAUUUACAAAGGUUGAAAGGGGGUUAGUUUGAUUGAAGAACAUGUUUACUGUGCUCUACUGCAUCAAAAUCUUUCAACCUACUGUAUGCAGGCAGUUUUGUGAGCACAAGUGUGUUUCUUGCAUGCACCUGUGUUAUAAAUUUACAAGUGACUGAAUUCCUUGCAGUAUUCAUUUUGAGACCUGCGGGAAUGAAGCUGUCAUUAGCUAUGAGCUGAGAGUCAUGCUUUCAGUCUCAUUCUGUGUUGAUCAGCAUUUGCUCACAAUUCUGACCCGGUGAAUCCAGACAGUGCUAUCUGCUGAGACAUAGUCAGUGUAAUCCAUCACAUCUUUCACAGCAUGACUUUUGGUACACCUAAAGGCUGUCUCACAGUUUUUACUCUCCAUCACAUUGUGUCUUGCACCUCUUUGUUACAUCUGACUAAUGACAGAAAUAAUUCAGUGGACUGCUUCAUACACACUGUAAACACUAGCUACAUUCGUCAGUAGUUUACCCUACACUCCACAUAAUACCAUGCUAUGAGCAGUUCCUUGACGGAAUUGUUAAGUUUGAUACACAUGAUGACUAACCUUUGUCUGGUGAACUUAAGUUAUAUUUAUUCUAAAUAUGGCAGAAAAUGCAACUGGCAUUUUUGUAAAGUAUAUUUUAAGUCUAUAUCCAAUUUUAUGGAUGCAGUAAUACUUUAUACAAUAGGUAAAUAAUUUAUAUUUGUACUUUGUCUGUAAGACUUCUGUAAUAGUCAUUAUGCUAGACAUUCUUGUUUGCUCUGCUGUAAAAUCUGUCCAUCAAUGUAAAAUAUCCAUAUUAGUCUGAAAAUUUUAAGGUCAACGUGGUUUGUAAAGAAAGGGACCGAAUCGUUUUAACGAGCACGCGAUACCAAUAAACAGCUUUGUGUGUGUACGGUAUGUUGACAUAUGACUAGUAAAUAGAGCACUCUACCAUUAUAUUUAAAAAACAAUGUUAGAUGGGAGUAAAGUGACAGUGGUCCAAA